CAAUAUUAAAGCACAAUCGAGUGAAGGCUGCAUAUUUUUUUCGAACACACAAAUAGAAAGCUAAUUUGCGAUUAAGUUAAUCGAAAAUCCACAUGAACAGCUCAGAUGAUACUCUUAGACAAUUUCAGAUGGAGCUGGAAGAUCGUUCCAUGGCACAAGUGGUUGGUGAAAGCGUGGUGUAUUCAGUCAUGAUGCUGUUGGCAAUAACCGGCAAUGCYUUUAUGUUAAUCGUUAUCUUGAAGAAAAAACGUCUUCGCACAACAACCAACUGUUUCAUCGCCUGCUUUGCAGUUUCAGAUAUUAUGAUGGGGAUUUUCAACGAGCCCUUGUUCCUSUCCGCUCUCAUUGUUUCCAAAUGGCCUUUCAACAGCUUUCUGUGUCAAUAUGAAGGAUACAUUGCAGUGUCAAUGAGUUGUGUUUCAAUCCAAACUCUAGCGUGGACUGCUUUCAGUCGAUAUGUUAAAGUUGUAAAGUCAAGCAACUGGUUUACUCCAAGAAGGCUCAUCAUUUGCAUAGCGUUYAUUUGGAUCUCAUGUAUCCUUUCUCCAGUGCCUUACCUKGUGUCAGGACAAAGAUUCAUUUUCCAUCCCGCCAAAUUCUUUUGUUACUUAACUCUCGAUAAYGUGUGGUUUACCGCAUUGUUGAUAUCUAUCUAUGUCGUCCUUCCAACAGUCGCCAUAGUUUUUUGCUACUCCAAAGUCUUCUUAAAAAUCUAUAAACACUCGUCCACACAAGAACGAUGCAGAAACAACAGUGCUGCGAAUGUGGAAGAAAUCAAAGUGACUCGAUCUUUAGUGAUCAUGGUUUUUGUAUUCAUGGCGUGUUGGACUCCAGUGAUCAUAAUCGACUUAAUAGACACUKCAUAUGGAAGGUGGAGUCUACCAAGAGAGGCAUACGYUGCAUAUUCCUUCCUUGCAACCCUGGGUACUUGCGUCAACCCUUUUAUAUAUGGACUAACCAACCCUCAGAUAAGAGAUGAAUACAUCAGCGUUUGGAAAGAACUAACAAUUGGAAAGCAAAACGCUAGUGUUAUGGUUACUAAUAACCAAGRAUKAGAAAAUACACAAGCUGUCUAAAAAAAGGUGUGYUCCUUCCGGAUGCAUAACCAGACAAUAUGACUCGGGUUUGAUACAUUAAGAGAAUACAGUCCGAACAUCUGCAUCGGUUAUUCGUUGAUAAKACGGAUAAGAAAUUGUAAUCUUGACUGCUAAGUAAAGCUAAAASGCGAACCAAUUUGAGCACACGGAAAUAUUUCACAUGYUCACAUUUGCGGAAAAGUGUUCAUUCACUUAAAUUAUUUUGCUUGAAGCUUGUUUACAUGAAUAAGUGACAUAAGGAGUAAUCUUCCGUCCACUAUGAAAGAUUAUGAAUAACAACAACAGUCACUCCUCUGUUUUGUUUUGUUUUUUUCUUUUUAUCAUGUAAUAAAAAACUUGGUACUCAUUUUCUUUUCGACGGAAAAUUACUCCAGCUCUUCUGUUACUAAUCAGUUGYAGGAGAAAUAUGAUAUCAAUGACUUAUAAUUUACUUUUUCAAAUAYAUUUACUGCAAAC